AUGAAGUCGAAGGCGAAAGCUCGCGUUAAAUCAACAGAAAUCGGUUGUUCUGUUAAAUCCACUAUACAUAAGAAUGUAAUCAAAAAGAGAAAGCCUGCAGAAAAAACUACCCGAAGCAACAGUGGAUCGCGUAAAUCCACAAAGAACGUCAGUCCCAAAGAUCUAGCCGGAAAAAAUGAGAUACAAGCGAAUAAUUUACCGAUGAGACGUGUGGCGUGGGUACUCAAUUCAGUUGGUGAUGCUUCACGUGACACUACUGGUGGCAGUACCGAUGAUAACAUGAACGAGGAUCUUCAGGAUAUUCCUGAUCAUUUAGGACGUAAAAGCUGUUUGAAGAAAAUAAUGCCAAAAAUUGAAUCGGAAGGUCAAAGCAGAAAGAAAAGAGCGAGUGAACAAUCGGAUUACAAUAUGGAUACGAUGGAAGAUGCUGGGAGCUCCGGCAUUUCUGCGUCUACUAAAGAAAAAUCUGUAUUGGUUAAGAAAGAUCGUAAAAAGCGAAUGAAGAAUUUUGUGAAAAGCGAAAAAUCUGAAAAGAAGGAAGAAAAUUCCGCAAUUCCAACUGCCGAACCUAAAAAAAACGCUGAUAUAAAUGGUGGUGGAGAUGCAACGGAUGGUAAAGUGAAAGAAAAGUUUAGUUCCGGAGAGCGUCGCUUCUCGAUUUCGCACUCACGAAUCGGAUGCGAACGAAUCAUCUCCGAAGAUUCCGAUCAAUUUGCGCAAAGGUUGGCAAGGUACAGUGAAAUCAACGGGGCGAACGAAGUAUAA